UUCGUGGGUUGGUCUUCUUGCGUUCAGUCACCCUAGCGGUCACCUGAAGCAUUCGAGGAAGCUAUUUUUGAGAGCUUUUUGAGACUAUUAUUGUCAUUUACGUAUGACAACCUUCUUCCUUUUGCUGGAAUCCUUCGGGUCAGAGGUAGACAUAUUUUUUUUCUUGCUUUUAACACGAUUCUCGCACACGCAAGUCAGGAGAUUGAGACGGGAGCAGGAAAAUAGAUUGAGGAUGGAUGCACGAAGACAAGGGGCAGAAUAUCUGCUCCGGUGACCGAAGUGUGAAGAAACCGCACCGAGUAUUUUCCCCUUUCUGUGAGGCUUUUAUUGAACGAUUUGUGAUCUUUCUCCUGGAUUUAGUUUCUAAUUUUGCUCUCUGUUUCCUUUUUUUGCUUUAUUUGAAAAUAUGGACUCUGAAAUUUCUGCCUAACGUUGAGAAAUCGGGUCGGGUCCUGGAAAAGCAAACAUGGCAAACCACCUUUUUUUUUUCCGCGGGGGAAGUCACAGUCGCUAGCUGGCAAGUUUGGCGCAUAUGGCUCGCAGCACGACGGAACUCAUCGCCGGCAUUGGGAGUAUCCUACCAGAGCGUCCUGUCCAGCAGCACGUCAUCUGCUACCGAGUGCUUCGAGUCCUAUGCCACUGACGGACCAUCACACUUAUUUGAACAAGAGAUUUUGGGGGGAAAUAGCAACAGGUACGAGGAGGAAUAAUGAAAGGUUUCAGGUCCCUUAAAGCUCCGCCAUCAACCGGAGCCUCUUCUACUGAUUGCCAUAUCUCGGCUCGACUUUCUGCGGUCGACUGAUGCACCGACCCUUAUCAUACGGUCCGUCACUCUGUCUGAUGAACCGAUUGAUGGGUACCGACUGAGGGCCUGGCUGACAACUAUAUGGAACUGCAACCGGAGAUAAACUAGAAAAUGUGUGCGAUCUUGAUCGACUGGUUAGUUCAGGUCCAUAGCAAAUUCGAGCUCUUGCCAGAGACAUUUUACCUCACUGACUUGGUCGAGUUCGAGCUGGACAUAGUUUCUUGUGAAGAAAGGCCACGUUGCGACGCCUCACGUUGAUUAUUGUCUUCCUGGAAUUACACGAGAAACUGUGAUGGGACUUGUGGUCAAGGAAAAUUUUCUUUUGGCCGAGCGGUGUAUUAGUCUGUCAGAGUUCCACACAGCAGACAAGGUCUUCACGACAGGAACCACGGGAGAGCUCAGUCCAUGGGUCCCGUGACCAGACAAUUGCAAAUUGCUUAUAAAGAACUCGCUGCAGGAUCAGGGGUGCCAAUACCCACCUAUCAACAACCUUGAUAGGAU